UUGAGGUUAGCGAGACUUAACUCGCACAAAAUAUCUUCAUUUAUUUUCUGUAGUAACCGAACUCCUCUUGAGAGCAAAGCUAAUAUCUUUCAAGUGAUAUAAACUGCCAAGUUAAGACAGCAUAUGAUCUUCUUGGUCUUAAUAUCCUGCAUAAGACAACCAUCAGCGGUGAUGAGAGCAAAACAAUCAAGUUUCAUGGUGAUUUGGCUAACGGAUAAAAAUUUAUAGGACAAAAAAUUUGGGGUGAAAAGGCAAUUUGCAGAGAGGGAAAGAGCAAUCGAGCCUUCACAAUCCACAUGAACAAAGUCACUAUUAGCAAGUUUAAUUUGAGUAUGUGUGGUCAGGUUAUUAUACAAGAUAUCAUGGGUGUCCAAGGUCAUAGAAUUGGUUGCCCCGCAAUCAAAUAUCCAAGAAGGGAGAGGAUUUGAAUUGUUGGGCUAAUUGAUAGGUUUAUGGGAGCUAUGGUGGGUUUGGUUUUUUGACAGGUUUGUGGGAUGAUUUUUAAUCUUUUAUUCGAUUUUGGGGUAUGGGAAUGUAGAUCUUGUGGAGUUGGGGUGGAAUUCAAAGACUCUUGGUUUGCUAGGUUACAAGCCAAAGAGUGAAAUCGGUUGGUAAUUUUGAUGGGUGGUGUUGCCGGAUGGAUAACGGAGCGCUAGUGAGGUGGGGACGAAACAUUUUGGGCAAUACUCAUACAUGGCCAAGACAACGUACCUUGCCCUUCAGUGUCGAUGUUGUCUUCUGGUUUUGCAAUGGCCUUGAGUGGUGAAGGGUGAAUAGAAAGUUGUGCCUUAUCGCCAAGCUAGGGGAUCGGUCCUUUGGCAGCGGCUCAUCGCUUUUUCAGAUCAUUCCAAUGCUAGGGGUACCAAUUAGCUUAAAGCAACCUUCCUUAGUGAUGUGAGAGCCACUACAGUGGCCACAAGUCAAGUUCAUGGCGAAAUGAGGAUGAUUAUGACCGAUGAUGAUGCGCUAGUCAUUAUGUUGCACCGUGAAAGUUCAUGGCGAAAUGUGUCAAAAGCUUUAUCGAGAGUGGGUAAGGAGUCAGAAUAUCGCGACGCUCUUUGUCAAGAGUGUCGUUGAUGCCGGAAAGAUAAAAAAGUGUCCAUUUUGGACAUUAGUGUUAUGGAUAGUGAUGUCCUCCGUAUACUUUAUCAGAUUAGGCAUCCGACGGUCAAUUUCUCUCAAUAAGGUUUGAAAUUUUACAGUAAAAUAAAAAACUUCAAAGGAGUCUUGGUUUUGAUCGAGGGAUGCCACUUUAAUGCUCAAAUCAAAAUUUUGGAGUUCAUCCCUUCCACUACUUAGUAGGGUUUCAAUUCCUUUUCAUAAAUCUCAAGCAGAGGUAUAGUCUAUAAAUUGGUUCACAAGACUAAACCCAAUAUUAAUCAUGAGCCAAGAGAGCACAGGUUAUCUUGUUGUUUUCAUUGCGAAUAUGUAGGAUCGGUGGAGGCCGAGGAGGACAGUGAUGUGUGAAAGUUGCUCCUGACCUUCAAGGGUGGUGGCAUUAAUCGAUACCAUUUGAUGUAGUUUUUAUAGGUCAAUUUAUCUUCUUUUAAUUUGGUAGGUGGGGGGAUGGUGGUGGUGGGGUAUUUUUACCCAAUCCUUAAAUUUCGCCACCCUUUUCAUUUUAUCGCCACCCUAAGGAAAUUACGUAUGUGCCCCUGGAUUUUUAAAAAAUUACGAUUUUGCCAUUGAACUUAAAAUUUCCUAUAUAUACCACAAUCUCACUAAAAUUUUUCUUACCACACUUAAAAACCAACUUACAAAAGCAAAUUGUUGGAGAAAAAACUAAGUUCAAUCCGCAAACAAUUAAUCGAGUCUAGCAGCAUCCAGACUAAAUGGGGGGGGGGGAUCUAGUGAUGAUGAUAAUGAUGCUGAUGAUGUUCAAUACAAAGCUCCUGAUUCUCGCCCAUUGGACUGGACUGUUAUUCGGGGACCCGACGGGAGAUUCGCACGUGGCGGCCCUUGUUCUUCUGCCGCAUCUAAGCGCGCAGGUUGUAGUUUCGUCGAUAAUGAGCCGCCACGAGAGAGCAGGCCCUCACAGUCCGCUAACACGGACUGGUUAGUCACAUCGCCCCAGCCCGGGGGGCCGACAGAUACGCGACUGAUCCCUAGCUAUGGCGGGCACAUAGCUAAACUUAUUUUCGACGGCUCCGAGCAUACGCCUCCGAUUCUGGUUUGCCGUAUUAGGAAGAGGCAGUGGAGUACAUCAUCCGACUGAGGGAUACGAACACCAUCCACAUGCCAUGGGGGGAAAUGACGAUUAUGUUGCACGACGUGCAACGCAUACUAGGCAUUUCUAUUGAAGGUUCUUUGCCGGCUGAGCCUUCUAAGGUGGAGUGGUAGGUCAGUAUCACCAAUCUGUUCGGGGAGCCUAUGUCUGAGCUUCGGCGUAGAGGUGCGUUCAGCUGCGGUUGUGUGAACGUUGCUGAACUGAUGCAGCUGUGUCAUAGGUCCCAGACCAUGGAUACCCAUACGACAGCGUACUACAUGGCUAUCGUCGGCUCUACCUUGCUGGCGGAUAAGAUCAGAAUUGGCAUGCGACCUCACCCGAUACUUGCCGUGAACGUCGAUCAGCAGGAGGUGGCCUGGGGUGCGGUGACCUUGGUGUACUUGUAUAGGCAGCUCGGAAUGGCAUCUAGGGCCGGUUGCAAGACCAUUGCGGGCUGCCUCACAUUUUUCCAGACAUGGAUCUAUGAGUACUUUUCCACUUUCCGCCCUCAUCCUCGCCGAGAAGAUGUGCCAAACAUGACUAGAGCGGAGAUUUGGUCAACGAAGAAACCAUGUCGUGAGGUGGACAGGCUGAGGGACUGCCGUAGGGUUCUUGACUCAAUGACGGAGACUCAGGUGGAAUGGACUCUGUACAAUUCUACUCCUAGUGCGUUACUGAAUGAGCACCCACGCACCACUAUCAUAGGGGGUAUCACGUGCUUUGUUAUCGUCGAGGUGUAUUUGCCGGAGCGGACAUUGCGACAAAUCGGGUUCAUGCAGGCUAUUCACCCCGAACCUAUGAGACCAGCCAAGGCUCUCUGACCGGCACACGGUACCUACUCCGUGACCUUUGCUUCUUCUGCUGUUUAUUUGGAGGCAUGGAGUAGAUUCCCCUUUAGUUCCCUCCUUGUUAAGCAGGGACUUUGUCGGACAUCUGUUCCAUCAGAAGCUGAACCUACUUACGUUGACUGGUUCAGAGUGUGCUCGCACCCGUUCAUAGCCCCCGACGAAUGCCCGACUUCCGGUCCUGGUCCUUCUCAGAGCAGAGCUGAAUACUUCCUCAAUGAAUGGCCCAGUCGAUUCGCUCCAGUGGCUAGACUACCUCCUUCGCUCGCGGAUAUGAACCCCCGUCAACGAUAUGCGUUAGAAAUAUACCUUAAUGAUUGUAGAGAUUUAUUUGUCGAAUGGCAAAUUUUUAAAGGGCAUAGCCCUUCAUAGUCUGUACUUAAACUAUUUUACAUUAAUGAUUGUAUUUAUUUUCGUCGAUGCUAUUUACAUCACAUUUAAUUCAUGAUUA